GCUGCAACAUCAGAGCAGAGUGUCUGCAAGUCUUGAGAAAUAAAAGUGAAGUCAGAUUAGUUGAGCCAGGGUGCUUCACAAUCAAGGAAAGUCUUAAGUUCAGUGCUUUGUAUGUUCUUGGAUGUUUUUUAUUCCACAUUAUAAGUCCACAACAGUCCACAACAACAACAAAAAAUCAGCUUCUUAAAUGUGAAUAUUUUUGUACAAACACUACUUUUACAGUUAUUAGUGCCUCUGACCCAUGUGUUUCACAAUAAACCAGUAGUACAUGUAGUACUGUUUAAUUUUUAUCCAUGGACUUGUUGUUGUGCUGUCUGACUGGUAUUGCUAACAACAGUAAUCCCAGGAUAUCUUUACGUCCAUAUUUUUUUCCAACUUCUCUCUGGAACAUGGCUAACUUGGAGGUCAUCUUACUCCCAGCUCAGGCUUCUAAGUUCUGAGACCCACCAUGCCGGUUACUCUAAACUUUGGAAUGAACAUGCCUUCUUGGUUUAAUAUCUACGGAUUGAGCUUCGAUGCAGAGGAAGAUGAAAGUGGCAUUAAAAGAGCUUCAGACAACAUAAAAGCCUUGAUUGACCAAGAAGUGCAGAAUGGAAUACCAUCACACAGAAUUAUGCUGGGAGGCUUUUCACAGGGUGGAGCUUUGUCUCUGUACACGGCUUUGACAACUCAGCAGAAACUUGCUGGAGUGGUUGCACUGAGCUGCUGGCUUCCUCUCCGCAGCUCCUUCCCUCAGGCAACUGCAAACUGUCCUAACAAGGACAUGCAUGUGUUACAAUGCCACGGGGAUGCCGAUCCACUGGUCAACCAGGCUUUUGGCAAAAUGACAGCAACCAUGAUGAAAACUCUCAUCAAUGAUACAAAUGUCACCUUCAAGUCAUAUCAGGGUCUGUCUCACAGCUCGUGUCCAGAGGAAUUGGUGGAUGUCAAGCAGUUCAUAGAGAAGCUUCUUCCUCCCAUCAGUGACGAAUGAUCUCGGAAGUAUCCACAUGACCGCACAGCGUCAUCAGAGUCUCGUGGGACUGACUCCCAUGUGACUCUGUGGACUCGAGGAAACCACCGACUUACUUGACAAUAAAACCACGCUGCUACUCCUAAAGCCAGGCAAGAACAGAGCAGCCAUACGUUAACCCGGGAGAGCCUUGACUAAAAAGGUGCUGCAUCCUGACCUGGAGCCACACAUGAAUCUCAGUAUUUCAGUAGAGUGACUUCAGUUGCUUGCAUUGACACAAACCAUUAUCUGCAGGAAACAUGUACUGGAAUAACUAGGGCUAUACUUUUUGGUUUGAUUCUUCCGAUCUUAAAAUAAAUGGCUUGUUGCUAAUUUUUCUUAACCAAUGUUGUCUAUCUUAUUAGUACUGAAGUGAUUUUGCGAUAUCAGCACAAUUUUUUAGUUUGAGUUUUUUUUCAGUAAUAUUAUAAAAAUUGUCAUUAAAACUAACAUGUAGACCUCAAGAUUAGGUUUUUGUAUCACGCAGUGGGUAUUCUCAGUAUUUUUGACAACACAAAAUAGUGUUGGUCACUGUAUGAAUGAUCAGUGGAGUAUUCCAAAUUGAGUUAAAAUUUGUACCUGCCUAUAAGUUUUAAUCACGUUACAAUGUCCUAUUUUGAGUUUUGACUGUAAUUGGAAUAAGACUGUUCUGUGAAGGGCAUCUGCAUGUAAUAUUCUCUUGGCAACUUAUGUAAACCUAUUGGAAAUGUCUUGAAUCAAAAAAUUAAAUAUAUCUCAACAACUAAUACAGAGACUGCUUAAAAAAUAUAAUAUUUCUGCAGCUUCAUAUGCAGUCCAUGUUGUAAAUUAAUAUAUUUUAACCCUCGGAUGUCAUUUUGGACAUUUUUGUCCACAAUGACUCUAAGAGAACAAAAUAAUACAUUAAACUCAAUAUUUUGGUUAAUCUUUGACAUAUCCAAAUUCUUAAUCCUUAAUGAAUUAAGAGGGUAGUAAAUUUGAAAUCUGACGCUACACAACUGAUAAUGCAAGCCACUAAUAACAAUGACAUCAAGUAAUCAAACUGGCAUUUAAAUGGUUUAAAUCCUCAGUUUUGAGCAGGUUUCAAGUUGUGUAAGAGAUGGGUGAAGAAAAAGGCUGAAAAAUAAUAAUCUGUCAAUGUUUUAGCAGGUUUUCGGAACUGGGCAUUUUUGGCCUCAAUGUCUGAAGAGGGUAGUAAAUAAAAAUGACGCCUGAUGGUUAA